CUCGACGCGCUCGACACGCAACAUCCGCCAAGGAUAUCGUGGACUGUGGAUUUGCUCCUGUUUUUUUUCUGUUGGCUGGUUCUACCUGCACACAUUUUGGGUCGAACGAGGAACGAUGGAAGAUCUUUUUUCACAGCAUCGAUAGGACAGUGUCGGAUUUUUCGGUCGCACAGAAGUGUUUCUAUAAAUAGUGCUGGGAGGUGUCGGAUGGUGGUUCACAGUGCACAAGGAUAUCAGCGGAGCAAAUGAAAAACACAUUAGUGAGAAAAAAAAGGCAACAUCGCAAGCAAAAGGAAUGAAAAAAAAAGGAUUGACGACAGCAGGCAAAAAUUGCUCCAAAUAGGAGAAGAUUUAUCCCUACGCCCAUUUGGAGCGUGAAGCACUGUUUCACAUCAGGUGUAUUUGAACUUGUAAGUACGCUGCUGUGGAUAUGAGUGAAGGGUGGAGGGCAGCAACGCGCGACGUCGUUUUUCCCAAGCGAUUGAAAUUGUUUGUUUUAUUCUUCAUCAUGGUUCGUUAGCUGCUCAACUAGUGGUUUCUCUCGGUGUGUAAUUAUGCAACCAUAAACCACCUGUCGAUUGCAAUUAAAAGUGAUUCUACAAACACUUUGCGUUUCUCGUGGAUAUUUAAGUCUGGCCAAAUACUAACAGGAAGAAAAGUAUAUUGUACAAACCCUCAAACUAUAGUUACUCCAUUUAUGGGAUCCAGUGCGAUUAAACAAUGAAUGGUGAAUUCAUAAUCCUGUGUUGAGAACAGUGUAGUGUUUUAUGUAUGAAAUACGUAUAACAGCAAUAAAUAUCAUAAAAAUGUUCCGUAUAAUACAGCGACUGAUGAAAACUAUAGAUAACGAAUAUUCAACAUGAAAAAAUAAAGUAUAUCUCAAAAAACAUAUAUAGGCCCAGAGUAUGGCAAACAUCAGUGAAAACUUUUACUUUCUCACGGAUGGAUGACGGAUCAUCAUAACAUUACCGUGGAAGGAAACCGAUAUACCGGUUCAUUGUUCGUGCUUUUCAAAAGUUCAAUAGCGAAAUUAACCGCGGGUGUUCAAAGGUUUUCCGAUAAUGCCGCUCCUUCAUUGUCCAGUGUGAAAAGUUAUCGAAACCGGUGAGACGGUUUGGAAUAAACAGUUCGUUAAGUGAAGCCUGUCGUCCGUAGGGACAUCCGAAUGAAUAGCCCAAAGAUGCAAAAAUCCGUUCGUAUCAACGAACAACACCUGAGUUUGCUGUCGGCGCGAGCGCAGUGUGAUAGCUUGAUGCAUGGUUAUCUUCACAAACGCUCUGGGGAUACCAAUAAGUGGCAGUUGAAAUGGUUCUCCUUGUACCAGAAUCUGCUGUUCUACUUCGAAUCACCACAAACGACUAAGCCCGCAGGAUUAAUCUUUUUGGAAGGUUGCUACUGCGAACGAGUUAUAUCGUGUCCCUCGUUGAUCAGCUCGCCGGUAAGCAGUACUGGCGACAAGGGAAGCAAGGUAAUUAAGGAGGACAAUUCGCAGCACUGCUUCAGUAUUUCCUACAAACGAGACACCCAGUACCAGCGACAUUAUGAACUUCGAGCGUCUUCAGAAUCCGAUUGUUCAUCUUGGAUACAAGCCAUCAGGGACGCAAGCUUCAACAAACUGUUGCUGAUGAAGGAAGAAUUGGAGCAAAAACACCUCCACCUGAUGCAUGUGGUUGAAAGCGAGAAAACAGCAAAAUGGCAAUAUACCCAACAGUGUGAAGAGCUGGUACACGAAAUACGAAAACUGAGAGCAGAGAUUUGCGUGUUGCGAAAGGAGGCCCGUUCUAGCUGUUCGGUCACCCCGGUGGGAAGGGGUAGCUUUAGCGAUCCCCAGGAUGAGGAUUCGUCGCUUCACGCACUGUGUGCGUCCGUGCACGAUUCCAUCGAGCUGCGGAAAAUAAGGAAGGUGCAAAGCUUUUUCAGGGGCUGGUUGUGCCGCCGGCGAUGGAAACAGAUAGUGGAGGAAUACAUUCGGUCUCCGCACGCUGAGAGUAUGCGAAAACGUAACCACCUGGUAUUUAGCAUGGUGGAGGCGGAAGAGGAGUACUUGGAACAGCUGGAGGUUCUCGUCGCAUGCUUCUUGCGUCCAUUCAAAAUGGCCGCCAGUUCGAAGCGUCCACCCUGCUCACACGAAGAUGUCAAUUCCAUCUUCCUCAACUCGGAAACGGUACUGUUCCUGCAUCAAAUAUUCUUGAAGGGUUUGACAUCACGGUUGGAAUCGUGGCCAACACUGGUGCUUGGUGAUUUGUUCGACAUGCUUUUGCCCAUGCUGAGCAUCUAUCAAGAGUAUGUGCGCAAUCACCACUACAGUCUGCAGGUGCUGACGGAGUGCAAAAAUAACGCAAACUUUGCGUCAGUUCUCAAAAGAUUGGAAGCGAAGCCAGCCUGCCAGGGGCGGACGCUGGAAACCUUUCUAACAUAUCCGAUGCAUCAGAUUCCACGGUACAUCAUCACGCUGCACGAGCUGUUGGCCCACACUCCGCACGACCACGUGGAGCGCAAGAGUUUGCUGAAUGCGCGACAGCAGCUCGAGGAUCUUUCCCGGCAGAUGCACGACGAAGUUUCGGAGACGGAAAAUCUUCGGAAAAAUCUAUCCGUUGAGCGCAUGAUUGUCGAGGGGUGUGAUAUUUUGCUCGAUGUCAACCAAGUAUUCGUGAGACAGGGCAGCCUCAUUCAAGUUCCUUCCGGAAAGGGUACAUUCCUUAGUCGGUUGGCCUCGUUUAAAAGCGACCGCGAUACGGUUCGGCUGUGUUACCUUUUCUCGAAUCACAUGAUUGUCGCUACCAGGACCUCCGGAGGACGACUGCAUUUACUACCAAACGUGGGUAAAAUUCCACUCGCAGAUGCUACCCUGGUGGAGGACCCGAGUGAAAUGCAUAACGAGGACGAAGAUGCUUCCGUGAGCUCAGUGCGCGGUAGCACCCACAGCGUAUCAGAAUCAAUUAAUACCGGGAAUCGUGACUUCAAAAUUGUAGUUGACUCGAAAUCUGGAGGAAGACACACAAUCCACCUGAUAGCUCCCACCGUUGAGGAUAAGGAAGCAUGGGUCAGUGAUAUAUCACAGUGUUUGGAUAACAUACACAUGCAUUCCUUGUUGUCACCAGGCAUCACUGGUUCGUCGGGAGGAUCCGUCUUUGCAGGACACCAAGCGUUGCGCGCCGAUCCCCGGCUGUUCAAGGACGACGUCGAUAUUCGCUUCUCGCGAACGCUUAACUCAUGUAAAUUACCUCAGGUCCGCUAUGCGACACCGGAAAAACUCCUGAAACGACUAACAGAUCUACGGUUCCUAUCGAUUGAUUUCCUGAAUACGUUCCUGCUCACAUACCGAGUGUUCACCGAUGGAGAAACGGUGUUGAAUGCAUUGAAGAACGUGUUCUAUGAUCCACCGUCCGACCCCAAUUGUGACUGUGAUCCCCAAACGGAUUUUUUAGAAUUGCCGUACCAGGAUGGACGAGCAUCCCCGAGGAGGACGUCCGGUGCUAGCUCAGUUUCGGGUUACUGUUCAGAAGGAGCCGAUCGUGACCGUUCGAUGAGUGGCGAUUCCGUUGGCCUUCGUUUCCGCGGACCCCGUCGGCCCUUCACGAGUCACCAAAGCUCCGAGCAGGAAACGCUCUCUUGGAUUCCAGAGCAGGUUGGUACGGUAAUUAUUCAUGAUACACACCAAUCCGAUAACCAAGAGGAAAAGCAGUCCUCGCCGAAGGCGGAUGGCAGCUCCAUACAAAGUAAAUCUCAGCAACAAAUUCACCCUCAGCCUCAGGAUGAUUCCUAUCUAGCGAUACCGAAACCGAUGGCUGGAUCCAGUAGUUCCGACACCCUUACAGAAACAGCAAUGAGUGGACCAUCUUCGCCAUCCAAUCUGAGCAGUGUGACACUAGUGGGUUCGACUGGGUCUGGUGGGCAAGAUAAAUCCGGUGAUCAAACACCAACCGAUGGUACAUUCAAUUAUGGUAGAGCACCGACUGCGCCGCUUCCAGAACGAAUCCAUCCGAGAGGAAAGAAGGAUAUAACGCCCAAAAUUCGCACGACGGGUACUUCUAAUCAGACGCAAGAACAUGGUGGUGUAGAACACCAUCAGCCACAAUCACCAGCGCUACAGCAAGAACUAAUUGAAAUACCUCAACAUCCGCCAACCGUAACCACUUCCCCGUGCCAGAGUCCCUCCAGUGUUCAGUCCCAAACCGUACACCACAAUGGACACGAUACCCCGAAAAUAAUAACUCAAACCUACCGGGGUACAGCAGCCACAACAACGGUCACGAUAACGACGCCUACAUCGACGCAUGGCCAAAGUAUGUCUCCGCCUCAGCUUCUUCCAGCGGACCGGAGACCAAGCGUUGGACACAACAUUGCCAUCCCACAUGCGGCUCUUAGUCAGCAUCGUCACAGCUUGCAAUUGAAUGGCGACGGAAGUUUAUGUGGCAAGGGCAGCGAAAAGCAACAGCCGCCGCCCAGCAGUCCUCGUCUGACCGCAAGGAAGUUUUCCGCUCCAAAAACGCCCGACCGUCAGCGAAAGAGCAUCUUCGGAACGCCACAACGCGAACGGGACAAAUCGAGCACGCGUCGUUUUUCCGAAAGCGACGACGACAUGACCAACUCAAUCUUCACGACGCCUCGUGGCUCGCUGGGUGGCGUCUCGAUCAGCACCCUCUCAUCCCGGGCGUCCAUGCAGCACGACCACAUACCGCACUGUUCCAGCAAGGUGGGAGUCGUAAUCACCUCCUAUCGACAAUCAAAGCGCAGCGGUGGAUUGGAGCCAAACUGGAGUAGCACAUCAACUGCAGCAGCGGCUUUCGCAAUCGCUACCUCAGCUUCCAGUAACCCUAGAGACGAGCCCCCCGACGUGGAAGCUAGGAACCGGAAGGAAUCUGUUGUGAGCUCACCGGCUACGAUGCGCGUUCUGAACGUGCUGAGGCACUGGGUGUCCAAGCACUUCCAGGACUUUGAACAGGACGCAGCUCUGCGCUCACAGACGAUAUCCUUUCUGGACGACAUUACCUGCAGUCCAAACCUGUUGCCCACUGAGCAUAAAGCUGCAUCCCAGCUGUUACGACUCUUGUGCCGCGACGAUAUAGACAGUGGCAAGAAAAUUCUGGACGCGCUGCUGACGCCACCACAGACGCCAGUUAAGGAAACCCUCGAAUCACUGUCGGCACUGGAAAUCGCAGAACAAAUGACUUACCUGGAUCACCAAAUCUUUCAGGCCAUUCGAAGCGAAGAAUUUCUCGGGCAGGCGUGGAUGAAAAUCGACAAGAAGGCGCUAUCAGAGCAUAUAAUUCUUAUGACUAAACGGUUCAACGAUGGCUCACGGUUGGUGUGUUCGGAAAUAGUUUCGAGGAGCAACAUGACGGCGCGGGUAGCUGCCAUCGAGAAGUGGACUGCUGUGGCAGAUAUUUGUCGGUGUAUGCACAACUUUAAUGGAGUUCUGCAAAUCUGUGCCGCAUUCACCAAUGCGGCUGUGUUUCGACUGAAGAAAACCUGGGACAAAGUACCGAGAACUAUUAAAUCGACAAUCACAAAACUGCAGGCUGUGGUGUGUUCCGACGGUAGGUUUCGUGUGAUGCGAGAGACGCUGCAUCGCUGCGAUCCACCCUGCAUUCCGUACCUGGGCAUGUAUCUCACAGACCUUUCCUUCAUCGAGGAAGGCACACCAGACUUUACACCGGAACAUUUGUUGAAUUUUUCCAAAAUGCGAAUGAUUGCACAUGUGAUACGCGAAAUUCGCCAUUUCCAACAGACACCGUACAAAAUCGUUCACAUACCGAAAGUUACAUCCUACCUCCUGGAUACAUCGUUGCUGCUGGACGACGACGAAAUGUACCGAAAAUCAUUGCUGAUCGAGCCGCGAAGUUCGCGCCUCAGUGCGCCAAACACGGCCAAUGUUUGAGUAAUAAAAAAGUGUUAUAAAUAUUCCAUCCGUGACUACCGAAGUGAUGAACUGGAACCAGAACACAGUGAAGCUCUCGAAUGUGUCCCUCUGUGUGAUUUAUAUUAUAAGAAUGAGAAUAGUGCACGACCGGAAUUGAGUGGCCAGUGAUUUGUACUCCUCUCCUUUUAAUCCACGGAUCCGUCUAAGGAAAACUGAGAGAGCUCAAUUGCUUAUUGCCAUUCGACCAAUCAGAACGCGGGAAUAGAAAAUCACAAUUUCUAGCUGUUCAAUGGUUAGUUUCAAAGAAUGUAUAAUUUUCCUGAUUGUAACAGAUAACCAGAAGGACUGGAAUCGUGUACGCCAUGGCACAACUUUUUUUUGAACACCCUCACUUCACCAGCAUGGUGCAUCUUGUUCAACGUGAAGACAACUCCAGGGGGCAUCAGAGGAUCUCACCAAUGUUCGUAUCCAUUUAAUUUUCUGAAUGAAGCUGUUAACCGAUGUUCCUUGAUUUUACCGCCACUUCCAGACUAACAAAUAUCUACAAUUUACUAUAUCAUAUCUUAACAAAAACAAAAAUACGUACACUUUCGACAAUCGAUUGCCUAUCGAAUUCUAUACCAGUAGCUAAGAAGUCUUGCGAAUUGAUACAAACUUUCUCUUCUGCCUUCACUGCGCACUGUUCAAAGUGACUAUUAAACAUUACGUGGAAAACGGAAAAUUAUUAUGACAACCUCCACUUAGGUUAAGGCAUUAGAGAGUGUGAGUUAUGCUGGUCGUAACUCGGCCAUGAAUAUUUGUACUAGCGAAGGAUUAUAUAUACAUACAUGGGUCAUAUAUUUUAGACUUGACAAGGAUACAUUUUUUAGCAAAUCUAAUCUUCAUUGUCUUGAUAAAUUUCUAGUCUGAUAACCAGAAUUAAAAAUGUUAAAUUUUCAACACAGAGCAAACCUUACAUAUCUGAAAUUGACUCAAUUUACAUACCGAAGAACCAGAAAAGGAACUUAAUGUUAACCCCAUUGUUAGUUGGUACUAAGACACUCGGGUGAAUGAAGUAGAAUAGUGGUGAAACGUGAUACUCUCCGUUCAAAUAAUCAACUUCUUUGAAAUCUUCUUAUGAUUACCGAUACAAACGGCGUGAAAACCCGCAAAAAACACAAUCGUUUUCCAUAUCUAUUAUCGCUAAGAUGCAUUAGAGAAUUAGGGAGUCUGCAAGAGAUGAAAAGAAUAUCGAUAAGCUGAAUUUACAUUACUAAAUUGCUGGAACAGAAAACAAAAACUAUAUAAACUCGUUAAGCUUGGUGUUAUCGUCGAUUUCCCACUGACUGUGUUUGCUGAUUUGUUUGAGUAAAUGGUGGUGAAGCAAGGAGAAGCACGUUUGCAAUUGCAUUUGCAAUUGCCAGGUGGCGUUCAGCUGGAAGAAGAGAAACGCGAUGAGCUUAGCUUGAGAUCAAACACAGAAAUCGAUUGUGAUGUAUUACCUAUAUUUAAGUUUCUACCGAAUGGAGCUAACAUAUUUAAUAAUAGUGUUCAGUAGAUGGCAUAACUCCGUUCUGUGUAAACCUGCUGGACUGAUUCAAAACAAUCCUAAUCUUAAACCUCGAGGGUCCCUUUUACCUGAUAUUUAUUCGUUAAAAUGUUGGGCAAAGUAUUGAUACUGUAGGAGCAAUGUGAAAAGAAACAUAUUUUUAUAAAUGCAAGCUCAAUAGCUACACUGAAUUAAUCUCUUAGAAAUAUUCAAGUAAUAACAUUGAAACCGUUAACCCCAUUUUUCAAAAGCUCACUAUAUCAAGACAAACAUGUUCACAUUAUAAAAAAGUAGUUCCAUAGAAACCAUGUGACUAUUUUGUGAAAGGUAAUUUUAUGCAGUUCGAUUUUCGAAACCAGAUAAUAACGUUAACCAAUUACAAUCACCGCUGUAAGCAUUUUCUACCACAAUCCAUUUUACAGGUCAAAUCUUAUUCAUGAUAUCCUACUCUAGAAUACGGUUGGGUUAAGCCAAUCAAAAUUGACGAGAAGAAAAGACCCAUAUUUUGAAUCCCAGAAGAACAUAAUCUAUAUUGGAUAAAGAAAAAUAACUAAGAUAAGCAAAUGUUGUAUAACUUUGCCCAAUUAGAUGUAUGAAUGGUAAUGGCAAAGGAAUCCACAGUGAAUCUAUUAAUUUUAGAGAUACGAAGUUGUUGACACUUUAUCCCCACGCUGAAUAAAAUACUUCCCACAUGAUCGCUGGAACUUC